AAGACGCUUGUUUAACUCACUGUCCACUGAUAAGGAAACAGCCAGAUUAUUUGGUUUCUAGCAGCUACAAUCUCAGCAGACAAACCACCAAUCGCCACGACCACAAAUAACAGUCAACAUUAAAAACGUGAAGAUCAAACAACGUCGGCCUUUUGAAAAUUAAUUUUAAAUAAGUAUGGUUUGGCUAAAACGAGUUUUGUGGUUUUUUGGCAUUGUUUGUGGGCUCGCGGCUAUGGUCGCUUAUAAGCGCAUAGACACCAUAUUCGAAUGUGAACCGCCAGAGGUAUCACUUCAGCAAUGGUGGGGUGAUGAAGAGCCGCCCAAAGACUGGGCAGCCUAUUUGGAAAAUUCCUCAUUGGUGAUUGGUAAUAAGUUAAAGUUCUCAGAUGCGACUAUUGACGAUUUACGUAAACAACUGAAUCGCACUUUGCGGCUACCAGAGCCUUUGGGCAAACCUGACUUUAGAAAUGGUUUCAAUACGCAAGAAUUAAAGAAUAUCGUCGAUUAUUGGCGUGAUGACUACUUGCCGCGUUGGCGCGAACGUGAAGUAUUUCUAUGGCAGUUCAAUCACUUCACCACCGAAAUUCAAGGCUUACUUAUACAUUUCUUGCAUUUAAUGGUUUAUGAUGAGAACAAAGUGGAUAAAAAUCACUACCCUGUACUUCUGCUGCAUGGCUGGCCCAGCUCAAUACGUGAAUUUUAUCCGCUAAUACAUAAACUUCAUCAGACACAUCUGGAUAAGAAAAACAAAUAUAUUUUUAAUGUUGUGGUGCCUAGUUUGCCAGGGUUUGCGUGGUCACAGGGCGCAUCGAAAGUGGGCCUAGGCCCCGUACAAGUGGCUGUAAUCAUGCGCAAUCUUAUGCUGCGUUUGGGCUAUAAGCGAUUCUUCAUACACGGUAGUGAUAUGGGUUCCCUAGUUGCUUCUCAUAUGGCUACGCUAUUUCCAGAGAAUGUACUUGGAUAUCACUCAAAUUUGUGCGCUGUCUUCACGGAGCGGUCGCUUGUGAAAGGCUUUAUAAAUGCAGUGAAAUCCAAUAUUUUCGGCGCACAUGGCUUUGAAGCCAAUUUCUUGCCACAUUGGGAGCCCAUAAAACAUCUGAUCGAAGAAAGUGGCUACUAUCAUUUACAAGCUACAAAACCAGACACAAUUGGAGCUGUGCUCACCGACAACCCGAUUGGCUUAGCUGCCUACAUACUAGAGAAAUGGUCCUCGCUUACUAAUAGGAAGUAUAAAGAAUCUGCCAAUGGCGGUUUGAGUGAACGUUUCAAGCUGGAUGCACUCCUGGAUAAUGUUAUGCUAUAUCACUUGACGAAUUCGAUAAUUACUUCCUCACGUCUAUUCGCCGAAACUCAUUCUCAGCAGCAACGUGAGUUGCAAAUGGAUUGGGUUCCAACUGAUGUGCCGACCGGUUGUGCACGUUUCAAGCAUGAUUUGAUACACUUUUACGAUAAUCAGUUGAAAGAUAAAUAUCGUAAUUUGAUUCAUAGCAAAUAUUAUAGCAAUGGUGGACACUUUGUGGCGCUGGAAAUGCCCCAGUUGUUGUAUGCGGACUUUAUAGAAUUUGUAAAAAAGGUGGAGAAGUUUAGCAGUAGUCUAGCUUGGUUUUAAGUUUUCUAAAUCAGAUUUAACUAAGUUUAAGAACGAAAAUUUUUUAUUAACGAUUGUAUGAUGAUAACUUUCUAAGUGCUGUUCUGUCUCCGAGGCCCGCGUCUGAAAUGAUGGGGUCAACUUAUACUGGACAUAGAUCGGUUACAGAAA